CUCAAACCCCAUUACUCUGUUCAUCUUCAAAACCACCCACCCCUGCAUCUUCCUCAGUGACCUUGACCCCAUUUCUCCCUCGUGCAACCAUGGCAUUCACACGUGCCACGCUCGUGCUAGCCAUUUCCAUGGCUAUCAUGGCAAUGUCCACAGCCCAAACUCCCUCCCCUGCACCAACACAUUCUACCAUGGCACCACACACCCCUUCCCCUGCGUCAUCCCCUGAACCAAUAUCACCCUCGCCUGCAGCAGGUGGAAAAAGCCCAAGCCCGAGCCUGAGUCCAUCAACAUCUUCUCCACCAGCAUCUACUCCAUCUUCUUCCUCACCGGAAACAUCACCUUCACCAUCACCGUCUGCUGGAGAACCGUCGUCUGAAAUUCCUGUGGCGUCAAGCCCAAGCAACGCAUUUGUUCAUGGAAGCAGCUUGGUCAUCAUGCUAGCAUUCUUUGCGGCUUCUGCGGUGCUUCUUGGUUGAACUCAGACAGGGUUGGUUGGUCCUUGAUUUAACUUUUACAUAGGCUGAACAGACAGGGUUCUGCAGUUUAGCUUUUGUCCUUUUUCCAUUUUAGCUGCACUUGUGUUUUUCUCUUGUUUUUUAUAUUCUGUUGAUGAUUAUUAAGUGUUUCAUUCAUCAUUGGUGACUUGUUAGUGAGAGACAGGGGGUGAUUAAUGUUUUUACUUUCUAGCAUUUCAUGGCUUGCUGAAUAAGAGAGAUUUGGUGAUUUCUACUUC